GUGGUGUUGAGACAGUGUCGGGGGGAGGUGCCAGCUGGCACUGGCAGGCGUAUGUCACUUACCUGAUCUAGUGAGUGACAGGGCAAGUGACUGGCAGCAGAGUGGUGCAGUUAGUGACAGAAAACACGAUGGGUAAUACAUUGGGCUCUGGAACUGCUGAAGUUCCAGAUAAUAGAAUUGGAUUCUGUGUGGAAGUUAUUCCACAAGAAGUUAUGGAACACAUUUUCUUGUAUGUUCCCGUCAAGGAUCUUGUGACGUCAGUAACACGGGUCUGCAAGUAUUGGCAUCGCUUACUUAUCGAGUACCGCUUCUGGUUUAUAAAGGCUCAGGCUGAAGGAUUCAAUGUGAGUGCGGCUGCUAAAGAGAGGCUUCUAGAGGAGACAAAUGAGGCUUUAGUUCUCCGUAUUCUUCAGGGUAUAUGUGGAGACUACUUGCACCUCAACACUAAUCUCAUCCUCAAUCCAAGUGGACAGGAGGGAUUUAAGCACUGGACUGUAAAACACGGAGGUGAUAAAAUUAUAGUGGAGGAUGUUCCAGCUGGGUCCGACCCAAUACCUGAUGAGGCCGGCCUACCCACCCAACACUGCUUUGUCACCUCUUAUAGUACCUGCAUAAGGAUACAGGUUAUAAACCUUGAAUCUAUUGGCCUCGAUCCCCAGAUUGUUGAUAUUUUGAAACCGAAAGUUCAUAUAUCUGAAUGGGUGAGUGCAAGAUGGGACUGCCAUUCGGAGAACCAAGUAAUUGUCGAGUUUAGGGGUGCUGAAAACAGAAACCUGGUCAGUAUGAAUUGGUCCUCUGAUAAGGAUGAUGUAAUUGGAAGCAAAUGGUACAAGAUGGAGAAAGUAGUUGUGGAUUACCCGCGAGGACUAAAAAUUAUUAAAUACUCGAAUGUAGGAAAGGACCGACAGUUCUGGGCUGGACACUAUGGAGCAAAGACUGCCGGCUCUUCAGUGAAACUUGUUCUGUGAGAUUGUUUGAUAAGUAUGUACAUAGUCGGGGAGGCUAUGUAACAUUGCUACAUAGUCUCGCCAGCUUGGCGCCUUCUUUUGAUAAUUACUUACUUGAUAAGUGUUUUAGGAAUCCUCUUUAGUUGUAUAAUAUCAUGUGUAUAAAAGAAAUUUGAAGUAAAUACUAUUUAUUAAUAAGAAAAUGCUCUUUUUUUUAUGAUUCCAACUUAAAACUUUGAAAAUAGUAGCCACUCAAUUUAAGGACCUCUGAUUUACCGUUUCCCCGGUUAUAAUGACUGUAUUUGAGGUCGGUAAUUGGUGCCUUAUUUGCAGAAUCAUUGGCCAUUAAACCGGGAAUACGGUAUCUAGAUUACAGAAUCUCAUUAAACUGGAGGCCACUAUUGAGUUUGUUGUGGCAACCUUACCCUCCCUUGGUCAGUGGUAACAUUUUCCCUUCACAGAUUUCACUGCCUUGGUUAUGUAGCAUCCAGUCAGAGCCAGUCACAGGUAAUCACAACCUGUCAGAGGUAGCCACGGUAAAGUCACAGUCAGUCAUAAUCUAAGGCAGUCAGACAUUCACAGUUAUGGUAGCAACCAGUAAAGUUUAGUAAACAGUGAGUUUGAUGUCAGGCACUCAAGCAGUCUGCGUCCUAGAUCACCAGCUGGUAGGAAGGUAGCCGAGAUUCAUAAUCAUAUCAUAUUAUGUAAUCCCGUCCAGACUGGCCAUCUAGACAUGGCAAGAGGGGAUGGAUUGAGUGAGACCUAUAAGCUAGUCUGUGAUAGUCUUAGUCUGAUAUCUCUGCCACCUGCUGGCCUGCCCACUCAAUCUGCCGCCCACCUUGCUAUUCACACACUCGCCCACCCUGCCACCCACUUCCUUACUCUACCAUCUGCCAUGCCAUCAACCCACUCAUUCUGCUGCCUGCAUGCCCGAAUGUCCAGCUGCCUGCCUAGUCUGCCAUCCACUCUACUGUCCAACAGUCCUGCUGCCUGCCCACUCUGCCACCUGUUCAUUCAGCUGCCUGCACACCUGAAUGCCUGUCUGCCUACACACUAUGACCACCAGGUCAUAAUGUGGAGCCGGUCGGCCGAGCGGACAGCACACUGGACUUGUGAUCCUGUGGUCCCGGGUUCGAUCCCGGGCGCCGGCGAGAAACAAUGGGCAGUUUCUUUCACCCUAUGCCCCUGUUACCUAGCAGU